AUGCAUCUCUACAACGCGUGGCUGCCCCCGGCGGUGGCGGAUGCCGCGCGGGGGGAGGCGGCGGCCUUCGCCGGCGCGGUGCGGGCGGCCAAGGACGCGUGGCGCCCCGACGACCCCGACUCGGCCUACGCCACGCUCAAGUGGAUCUCCGUGUUCGACCUUUUUAUCAAAGCAAAGAGUGACGUUGCUCCUGAGGACAUACAUGCUCUUGUAGAGCUUGGGUUUGGAAUAUUUCAUGCAUCGCAGAAUAAGUUUGUUGUCCAGAUAAAAUGGGGAGGUUUGCUCAUCAGGCUUUUCAAAAAGCAUGCGGAGAGACUUUCACUUGAUGUGCAAUGGAGGCCGCUUUACGAGACAUUGAUACAAACCCAUUUCAAGAGAAACAUGGGCCCUGAGGGCUGGAAAGUAAGGCAGCAACACUUCGAGACCAUCACCGGCUUAGUACAUGCCUCUAGGACUUUCUUUCCUGAAGGUGCAGCUGCUGAGAUUUGGUUGGAAUUCAGGCCGUUGCUGGAAAAUCCAUGGCAUAACUCAGCAUUUGAAGGUGUUGGAUUUGUUAGGCUGUUUCUUCCUGCAAACUCGAGGAACCAGGAUCACUUUACGACUGAUUGGAUUGCACAAUGUCUACACAUUUGGGACUCUGUCACAAAUUGUAACUUCUGGGAUAUCCAAUGGGCUGCCAUCAUAGCACGUUGCAUAAAAAAUUCCAGAUCCAUUGAAUGGAAGAAGUUUCUGCCGCUAUUGUUUACAAGAUACUUGAACAUGUUUGAGGUUCCUAUAUCCAGUGGGAAUGGGUCGUACCCUUUUCCAGUGGAGGUGCCUAGGAACACAAGAUUUUUGUUCUCAAGUAAGACCAGAUCACCUUCCAAGGCAAUUGCAAAGUCUGUUGUGUACCUUUUGAAGCCUAAAAGUCUGGCACUGGAACAAUUUGAGAAGCUCAUAAAUUUUCUAGAACAAUUCUAUCAUCCAUCAAAUGGGGGUCGCUGGACCUACUCAUUGGAGCGUUUUCUGCGGUAUCUUGUUUUUUACUUUGAAAGACGUCUUCAACAUGAACAAUUUGACACAAUGGAUGAGAAAAAUGAGCAGUUCUGUUUGGGAAAAGAAGAGAGAGCUGUUUUUAUCAAAGUAGUGCUGAAAUUACUGGAUCGUGGUCAGUACAGCAAGGAUGAUUCUCUUGCUGAAACAGUAUCCAUUGCAACUUCAAUCCUGUCUUAUGUCGAGCCAUCCUUGGUGCUUCCGUUUGUCGCAACGAACUUCCAACUAGCCUUGGAGACAACUACUGCCACCCACCAGUUAAAGAAUGCUGUCACAUCUGUCGCAUUUUCUGGACGGGCGCUUCUUCUAAGUUCUUUAUGCUCAACUCAAUCUGGUGAUAGUAGCAUGAUUGAUACACUCUAUGAUCUUAUUGUCACUUCCCUUUCAAAUGCAUUGCUUGGUAUGGAUGCCAACGAUCCACCUAAAACUGUAGCUACGAUGCAAUUAAUUGGCUCAAUAUUUUCAAAUCUGGCUACAGUUGGUGUUAGUGAUGAUGUGCCUGCUUUCCUCCAAACUUCCUCUCUAUCGGAUUGGCUACAUGAAUUCUUUUGUCGGCUGUUUUCUGUGCUUCAGAAUCUGGAAUCAAGUAGUGCCAUCGCGGAGGGUUACCAGACCUCAAUCAUGCCGGGAACUUUUCUCGUCGAGGACAGCCCUCACUAUUUUUGCAUGCUAGAAAUAGUUCUGGGAAAGUUAUCAAAAACCUUAUUUAAUCAGUCCCUUAAGAAAAUUGCCAAGUUCGUCAAUGCAAAUAUCCUUCCUGGUGCCACUUCAGAAGUUGGACUUCUUUGUUGUGCCUGUGUUCAUUCAUAUCCUGAGGAGGCUUCAGUCUACCUUGUAAAGCCUAUCUUAAUGACUAUCAUGUCCUCCUUCGAAGGUACCCCCACAACAGGUUAUGUUGGAAGAGAAGUUCCUAACAAUAUGUCUACUAAGGCUACACUUUCUCCUGCUCUAGAAACAGCAUUGGACUACUAUCUGAGGGUUUUGGCUAUAUCCAUCAGUUAUGCGGGUCCUGUCUUACUGAGCUAUAGAGAAGAAUUAAAGCACGUAAUAAUGUCUGCAUUCCAGGCCCCUUCAUGGAAGGUCAAUGGAGCUGGUGAUCAUCUCCUUCGCUCUGUGCUAGGAAGCCUGGUUUCAUUUUAUCCACUAGAUCAGUAUAAGCCAUUUUCUUGUCAGUCCAUUGCUAAUAUUAUUGAGCCAUGGGGUUGUUCAAAAGCUCAUCAGGACAGGGAGGUUGAAAUGCUUAAUUUUCCUCCGAAGUGGCAUGAUCCCAGUCAAGAUGAACUAUCUUUUGCAAACGAAUUGUUAGAAUUUCAUUUUCAGUCGGCUGUGGAAGAGCUUUUGACUAUUUGCCAGAUGGAAGUUCAGUCUGAGACAGGAGAUGAAAAGGAGCACCUAAAAAUAACGCUAUUGCGCAUUCAUUCUGCAUUGCAGGGUGUAAUGUCGUGCUUACCUGAACUGCGUCCAUCAUAUAAAGAUGGGAGGUCCAAGGUAGUAGAGCCCAGUUUCUUUAUUGCAGGAUCUUCUGGUAGCACCGUUGGCAGCUCAGAGAUGCGUGAAAAGGCUGCAGAACUUGUGCACAUAGCUUGCAGGUACUUAUUAAAGGAAAGAACUGAUGAUAGUAUUCUCCUAGCACUUGUAGUACGCGUGAUUGAUGCUUUGGUGAACUAUGGUAGCUUGGAAUAUGAUGAAUGGUCAAGUCAUGUUCAAGCUUGGAAAUUAGAGUCUGCUGCCAUCAUUGAGCCUCAAUGCAACUUUAUUGUUCCAUUCCAUGCUCAGGGCAAAAAGAGACCUAGAUGGGCACUUGUCGAUAAAGCACACUUGCAUAAUACGUGGAGAUGUUCACAAUCAUCAUACCACAGAUACCGGACAAAUGCCAAUGUAUCUCCGUCUAGCCUCAUGGUUAAUUUGGUGAAGGAUCUCCUAGAUCUCUCACUACACAACUAUGAAACUGUUCGCUCGUAUGCUGGAAGAUCGCUAACAAAAAUGCUGAAGCACUGGCCUUCUCUAAUUUCUGAUUGUGUUCUUACCCUGACUGAGAAUUUGCGUGAUUCGAAAGCCCUGGAACAUGUGGUGCUUGGUUCUUGCAGCAUUCUUGCAUCACAGACUGUUUUGAGACACUUGACAACUGAUUCUGCUUCCCUCUCUUCAUUUAUCAUGGGAAUUUUGGGAAGCUCUCAUCAUGAAUCGAUAAAGUGUCAGAAAGCUAUUACUGAGCUCUUUGUGAAAUACAACAUACGUUUCUCUGGAAUAUCAAGGUCUUUUUUCAAGAAUUCUCAAAGUCUGGCUGACAGGCCAGGAUUUCUUGGAUUAUUUUCUCAAAUUAAUGCUUUGGGCUUUGAGACUAACAGUCUACAUUGGAGGUACAACCUGAUGGCUAAUAGAGUACUUCUGUUGCUAAUUUUGGCAUCUAGAAGUGAGCCUGACAUUUAUUCACAAAUCCUGGCAGAGACUGCUGGUCAUUUCUUAAGAAAUUUGAAGAGUCAACUCCCCCACUCAAGGAUGCUUGCAAUAUCUGCUCUGAACACACUAUUAGAAGGAUCACCUCACAAGGCAUCUGUGGAAGAUUCACAACAAUCAUUAGAUCACCCUGAAGAAUGCAAUAUUUUGUCAACAGGAAGGCUUCUGAAUGACAUAAUCCAGGAGGAAGGAUUCAUGAAUGAUACACUAAACAGUCUCUCACAUGUACAUAUUAUUUCUGAUAGUGAUGGUUCAUCAAAAGCAAGUUAUGGUGCUUCAUCGUUUCAAAGCGGAUCUGAUAAAGCAAUCACUUACUUCUAUUUUGAUUUCUCUGCCUCGUGGCCAUGUACCCCUAGUUGGAUUUCUUUAGUGGGCGGUGGCACAUUCUAUUCCAGCUUUGCUAAGAUAUUCAAAAGGCUUAUACAACAAUGCGGAAUGCCAGUAAUGUCCUCACUUCAGACUGCACUAGAAGAAUUUCUGAGUUCAAAAGAAAGAUCAAGGCAAUGUGUGGCGGCUGAAGCUAUGGCGGGCAUGCUUCACUCUGAUGUCAGUGGGGAUUUGGAGUCUGGGAGUGACUGGUUGAUGCUUCAAUUGCAGAAGGUUGUGUUAGCUCCAUCUGUGGAAUCAGUUCCUGAAUGGGCAUCUUGCAUUAGAUAUGCUGUUACUGGCAAAGAAAGAUCUGGAACUCGUGCUCCUGUUCUCAGGCAAAAAGUAUUAGAUUGCUUAUGUACAGCAGUUCCUCAGUCUGUAGCAACUAGUGUACUUGCCAAGAGAUAUUCUUUUCUGUCUGUUGCUCUAAUUGAAAUUUCUCCACAUAAAAUGUCCCCAGCAGAGGAGCAGUACCACGUUACAAUUCUCAACGAACUGCUUGACAAUAUGAGUCACUCAUCUGCACAGGUAAGAGAGGCGAUUGGUGUUGCUAUGUGUGUCGCAUGCUCGAAUGUGAGAUUAGCUGGUGCACGUUCACCGGGAGUCCUGACAGAACAAACCGGAAAUGAAUAUUGGUCUAAGCGUUUGACAGAUGGAGUUACUGAGUUGUCUGUGAGUAUACAGAACAAUAGUCAAUCUAAGCAACUUGAAUUGGCAUCCGAUUCAUCCACUGUGAAUGGCUUGGACAAUAAAGAGGAGGCUGACGCUAAAAGAAUGGAAACGAUUUUCCAUUUCAUGAUUGCAUCUCUGAAGUCUGGGAGAUCUUCCGUUCUACUAGAUGUUAUUAUUGCACUCUUCUACCCUGUUCUAUCAUUACAGGAAACAUCAAAUAAAGAUUUGUCAUUGCUUGCAAAGUCAGCUUUUGAAUUGCUUAAAUGGCGGACUUUGCCGCGCCCUUUUCUUGAAACAGCUAUUAUGGCUAUCCUUUCUUCAGUCAGUGAUCCCAACUGGCGAACCAGAUCAGCGUUGUUAUCAUAUCUCAGGACCUUUACAUACAGGCACACAUUCAUUCUUUCUGGCUCAGAGAAAUCACAAAUUUGGCAAACAAUCGAGAAGUUACUUGUGGAUAACCAAGUUGAGGUCAGGGAGCAUGCUGCUGGUGUUCUUGCAAGCUUAAUGAAGGGUAUAGAUAAAGAUCUAUCGAAGGAUUUCCGUGAUAGAUCAUAUGCACAAGCCCAACGUAUCCUUGAUACGGGAAGAAGAACUCCAAAGUCCGGCCAUUCUGUUGCUACCAUACAUGGUGCAGUACUUGCUCUGACGGCUUCGGUGCUUUCUGUCCCAUACGACAUGCCAAGCUGGCUUCCUGGUCAUGUAACACUACUGGCCCACUUCAUCCGCGAGCCGUCUCCUGUGAAAUCUACUGUGACAAAGGCUGUUGCUGAGUUUAAGAGGACACACGCCGACACUUGGAGCAUCCAGAAGGAUGCCUUCACAGAAGACGAACUGGAGGGUGCAGCAUGUGGUCUUUACCUCCAACAUGUCCUGUCGUUGCUUAGCAAAAAUUCAAGGUUUUAG